AUGGGUGUCGGUAGAACGGCAGGUAGAACCGGUGCAGGUAGAACUGCGUUCAAUGGCUCGCGCGCGCACGUGCGAGCGUGCCAGCUCAGCACGGAGAUCCACACGCUAUUGGCCGUCAUGCGCCAGAGCUCCAAAUGGGCAGUUUCCCCUAUUUUCCUCGACGAGACCUCCGGAGCCGACGCGGAAGAUCCGCUUCUACGCAACCUUAAAGCCCUAAGGCAGAAGAUCGUCACCGAUUGGUCGGACGACGACUGGGAGACGGCGCGCGUGCCGCCGUCCGCGUACCUCGCGCCGUUCCUCGACGUCGUGCGAUCCGAGCGAACAAACACGAUUGUUACCAGCGUCGCAUUGUCGUCGGUGCUGAAGAUCCUGAAUCUGCAGUUUUUCGACGAGUCAACGCCCGGAGCCGCGGUGGGGAUUCACAUGGUCAUGGACGCGGUCACGUCGUGCCGCUUCGAGGUCACGGAUCUCGCGUCGGAAGAAGCGGUCCUCGUCAAGAUCCUCCAGGUUCUUUUAGAAACAGUACGUAGCCCUGCGGGGCCCCUGUUGUCCGACCGCCACAUGUGCAGCAUCGUGAACACGUGCUUCCGCGUGCUGCACCAGGCCGCCUCCAAGAGCCACCUGCUGCAGCGCCUCGCCUGCCAAACGCUCCUCGACAUGGUCCGCGAGAUUUUUGGGCGGCUGCCCGAGCUGCCCGCGAGCGAGGAGGAGGGGGAGCUGGGGGAGGCCGAGGCGACGCAGGGGACGAUGGACAGCACGCCGUUCUCGCCCAGGGUGGAGGCGAGGGUGGGGGGCGGGGAGGAGGGGGUGCAGGAGGGGGCGUUGGAGCUGGGGGGAGCGACGGUGGAGGAGGGGGGCGGAGGGGAGGGCCGGGAUGGUGGCAAUGUCGAUCAGGUGAGAGCGAUGGAAGUCGGUCUGACCAACCAAGUGGGUGGGGGAGUGGGGUUGGGAACAGGGUUGGAGGGUGGGGGGGAGGGGAGGGUGGUGAAUGAGCUAUUUCAUGGUGAAGCUGGUCCCGUCCCUGUAGGAGCAGCAGGAGGGGUGGCGGCAGUGAGUGCCACAGGUAGAACCAGCGGCAGCAGCACCGCCAGUGAACCAACCUCCAACACCCAAUCCACCCCAACACCCAACGGCCUUCCUCCCACCUCAUCCUCGGCACCCCCCAAGCCUCCCCCUCCCGCCGAGCCUGUCGAACAGCCCCGGGGACGGCAGGACGCAAGCAGAGAAACAGAGGAAGGGGUCGGGGAGGAGGAAGGGGAGCGGGGGCAGGCAGACAGUAGCAGCAACAGAGCGUCGGUGGGAGCCUUAGGUCGGCCGCACGGGGUGGCAUGUGCAGUGGAGGUGUUUCACUUCCUCUGCUCGCUCCUGGGCCUGGAGGACCAUCAGUCAGCGCUCUUUGCCUCGGGCAUGCUAGCAGAUGAUGACGUGUCACUGCUGGCGCUCAGUCUCAUAUCGGCUGCUCUGGAGCUCGCUGGCCCGGCGGUGGUACACCACCCGCGCCUGCUGUCCCUCGUGCAGGACGAGCUGUUUCGGUCACUGCUGCAGCUGGGACUGUCUCCGAACCUUCUAGUUCUCUCGCAGGUGCUGGCGAUAGUGCAGACGCUUUUCCACUCAGCCCGCGCCCACCUGAAGCUGCAGCUAGAGGCCUUCUACACCUGUGUCAUCGCCCGCCUCGUCGGCACAGCAGGAAAGUUCACCGCAACUUCCUUCGCGCAGCAGGAAGCUGCCCUGGAAGCCCUCCUUGACUUCUGCCGGCUGCCCGAAUUCGCCGUGGAAACUUUCGCCAACUUUGAUGCCGACCUCACAUGUGCGAAUUGCCUGGAAGAGCUCUCAGGGCUGCUUUCUCGGGCAGCCUUUCCGGUAAACACACCGUUAUCAUCACUCCAUGUGCUGGCGAUGCAGGGGUUGCUGGCCGUGGUGCAUCAUAUGGCUGGCAGGGCGAACGCUGCUGCCGCUGCUGGUGUUGCUGCUGCUGGUGGUGCUGGUGGUUCUGUGGGCGUGGAGCAUUUCAACCGAGACUCAAAGAAAGGCCUGCAAUUCCUCCAAGCCUCCAGCCUCCUCCCCUCGCUCCCCGACGCCCGCGCAGUCGCCUGCUUCCUGCGCUUCACACCGGGACUUAACAAAACACUAGUGGGGGACCUCCUGGGCGGGCACGAGGAGUUCCACGUCCGCGUUUUAGGGGAAUUCGCUAAGCUGUUUGACUUCGAAGGCAUGGCACUGGAUGCGGCGCUGAGAACGUUUCUAGAAGGGUUUAGACUGCCUGGGGAGGCGCAGAAGAUAUCGAGAGUGCUGGAGGCGUUUGCAGAGCGGUACUAUGAGCUGGCGCCGGCGGCGUAUGGGUUUGCGAAUCAUGACGUGGCGUAUGUGCUGUCGUACUCUGUCAUCAUGCUCAACACCGACCUCUAUAAUGGGCAGGUGCGCACCUCAAAAGGGUACUAUGAGCUGGCGCCCGCGGCGUAUGGGUUUGCGAACCAUGACGUGGCGUAUGUGCUGUCGUACUCUGUUAUCAUGCUCAACACCGACCUCUAUAAUGGACAGGUGCGGCGAAAGAUGACGGAGGAGGAGUUUAUCCGCAACAACAGGAAGAUCAACGACGGAAAGGACCUCCCAAGAGAGCUGCUCUCAGAGACCUACCACGCCAUCGCCCGCCACGAGAUAAAAAUGUCCUCCGACGUCUCCCUCUCCUCCUCCUCCGCCUCCGCUUUUCCCGAGAUGAAUCUCAGCCGCUGGCUCGGGCUCAUCCAACGGUCGCCGACCGCCGUGCCGUACAUCCUCGCAUCUAGUGCUGGACCAGAAGACGUGUUUGCGGUUGUGGCAGGGCCAGCCAUAGCAGCCAUAUCCGUUGUCUUUGACCACACAGAAGACGACGAAUCACUCCUCCGCUGCUGCACCGACGGGUUCUCAGCCGCCGCUGACGUGGCGGCUUUUCACGGGUUCUCAGGAGCGCUGGACGAUCUGGUGGUGUCCCUCUGCCGAUGCACCACGCUCCGCCUGAACCCCUCCGGAUCGCUGCCAAGUGGCGCCGAUCUAGUGGACAACGCGGCAGCCGUGGCGUUUGGGGAGGACACCAAGGCUCGGCUGGCCGCCGUGACUGUCUUUGGUUUGGCAAACAGGCACGGCGGGGUGGUUCGGGGAGGCUGGCGGAACCUGCUGGACUGUGUGGUUCGGUUGCACAAGCUAGGGUUGCUGCCUGCUCGUGUUAUAAGCGAGGUAGAGGAUACAGAGGACGGGGCAUUCUCAGGAGGGUUAUACGCCUCCCCACAACCACAACAGCAGCCGCAACAGUCACAGCAGCAGCAGAUGGGAACGAGUCCCACCCCUUCUUCCUCCACUAUAUCAUCUACCACCACUGCUUCCACAUCAACCCUUGCCAUCACCAGCCCAGCAGCCGCAGCCGCUCGCAAGAAAGGCGCCGGUAGCGGCGGCGGCGGCGGGGGAGGGCUGAUGAUGCGGUUCUCCCAGCUGCUCCUGCUUGAUUCGGACGAUGACUACUCGUACGGCGGCGCCAGCUCAGCGCAGCCCACGGAGCGCCAGGUGGCGGCGCGGCAGCGCACGGAGGAGGCGGUGGGGGCGUGCCGAAUCGAGGAGCUGUUUCGAGGGACUGCGGAGAGGCUGGAGGCAGAAGCACUGAUGCACCUCGUGAGGGCUAUAGUGUGGGCUGCUGGGCGGGCGUUUAGGGGCGCGCUGGGGAUUGGGCCUGGGGGGGCUGGUGGGGGGAAUGCUGGGGGUGCGGGGGGAGGGGCUGGUGGGGACGGGAUGGGGGGAAGAGGUGGAGGCGGAGGGGGAGCAGGAGCAGGGGGGGGAGGAGGAGCAGGAGGAGGAGGAGGGGGUGCUGGUGGGCCAAAUGUGGGAGGAGGAGUGGGGAGUGGAGGAGGGAUAGCCGUGGGCCCUCUAUCUCCAGACGAAGAAGACACCGCAGUUUUCUGUCUCGAUCUGCUCCUCGUGGUAACCCUACGUAACCGCUCCCGCGUGCUGCUCAUCUGGCCGCUCCUCUCCUCCCAGCUCGCAAUCAUCAUGCAGUCAGCCAAUGCCGGGCCGCCACCUGGCCCACUAGUGGAGCGAGCCGUCUUCGGUCUCCUCCGGCUGUGCCGAAAGCUCCUACCAGCGGCAGACGAAACCCUAGCAGACGAGCUGCUAAGGUCCCUGCAGCACGUGCUGAGACUCGACGCUAGGCUAGCUGAUGCCCUCUGUGAGAGGAUUACGCGGGGUGUGUUGGGGAUUGUGAGGGAGGGGCGGCAGAGUGGGGCGCUGCGAAGGGUGAAGUCCCCGCCUGGGUGGAGAACGCUUGCUGCUCUGCUGGCCAUCACAGCCAGGCAUCCAGACGCUGCUGCUCCCGGGUUUGAAGCCCUCUCUUGGCUCAUGGCACCCAUUCCCCCCGGUGCUGCUGCUCCCGGUGCUUCUCCUGCUGCUCUCGCCUCGGAUUACUCCGCUGGUGCUGUGGAGGAUUAUGGGGAGGUCUGCACCGACGGCCCCCCGUGCGUGUCCCCGUGCAACUUCAUCCCGUUCCUCGAUGCGGCUCGGGAUUUCGCCGAGGCUCGGGUGGGAGGUUCGGAGCGGUCGAAGCGAGCGCUGGACCUGCUGGGGUGCUUGAUAGACUGUCUGCUGGAGUGGAGAGUGGCAGGGGAGAUGGAGCAAGCAGCAGAGGCGGACCGACUAGCCACAGCAACAGCAGCAGCAAUGGCAGCAAUGGCAGGAGGUGGUAGGAGUGAGGCGGACAGUUCGAGUAGUGCAGUUUCCGGGGCGUUCUCCCCACAGCAACAACCUCCCUUGUCAGCUGCCCUCUCUCCCUCACAACUCAGCCCCAUACCCUCAUCAUCAUCAGGGGGAGGUGCAGCUGGGGGAGGUACACCUGCAGCAGGGCGGUUCUCAGGGCAGGACCUGGCGGACCUCUGGCUUCGCCUGCUGCAUGCUUUGCGCCGGGUCUGCUCAGACCAACGAGAAGACGUGCGGAACCAUGCCCUAGUGUGGCUGCAGCGCUGCCUUAUAGCUGCCGACCCCCUCCGCAUGCCCACCACCAUGUGGGCCCCGUGCUUCGACCAGGUCGUGUUUGUCCUUCUGGACGAUCUUUUAGAGGUGCAUUUGCGGGAGAAACCCAAGGAAUACCGGGGUAUGGACGCGUCGUUGCUCCGUGCUGUCAAGAUGCUGUCCAAGGUUUUUCUGCAUUUUCUUGCCAGCCUUGCCUCGCUGCCAGGCCCGGGGUUCCGAGCCUUGUGGCUCGGCGUGCUGCUUCGGAUGGACCGGUAUAUGAGGGCUGGAGGGGGUGGGGGCGGCGGGGGGAGGAGAGGAGGGGGAGGUGGGGAGGGGAGAGGAGGAGGGGGGGAGUCGUUGAGAGAGAGUGUGGGUGAGGUGCUGAAGAAUAUGCUGAUGGUGAUGCUGACGCAGGGGGUGCUGCAGGUGACUGACGCGUCAGACACGGAGAGCCUGUGGAGCGCCACGUGGCGUGCGGUGCAUGCCAUGCUGCCGCACUUAAAGCCCGAGUCGCUCGUCCCGCCCGCACCGAUUGCACCUGCGCCCAUGGCUGCAGGUCCUGUUGGUGUUGGUGCUGCAGGGAUGGAUGGGCAGCAAGCAGGAACGGCUGUGGUGGGAGGUGCGGGGGAGGGUGCCUUGGUGGGCGGGCAAUGA